AGAUUCGAUGCCCUUGAGGAAAGCGUGAGGUCCCUUGUCAACGGACAACACGUGGUCAAUGAAAAUAUGGCUAAGUUGGAGCUGAUGAUACACGACUUGGCGGGACAACUUGAGAGAGUCAACCGCCAUUCGCGGAGGAGCCGCACAUCAAGGUCAACCAUGGCGGGAACGGACUGUUCGACGUCUAGUCGCGAUGACGACGACGAACGGUCGCGGGGAACGCGCGCGACGCGCAGUACCCGACACCACGGGGGACGACGGACACACGGACACCGGCAUCGACGUGAGGAGCGGGCGGAGGUAAGGCCGAAGAUCACGAUGCCAACAUUCGAAGGAACAGAUCUGGAUGCAUGGUUAAGUCGUGCCAUGCAAUUUUUCGAGAUCAACGAGAUUCAUAAGUCCGAAAGAGUCCAGAUUGCUGCCUACUACUUAGAUGGUGAAGCGAACAUAUG